CCAAGCGCCCGCCCCUCCAUCUAUCACAUGGCCGGAGAGUCACAAAAACAACAGCUUUGGCCAAGACGGUGACUUCAGGAAAGCGAACCCAGGGAUCUCGCAGCCAGCCCCCUCCCCAUGGAAGACAGUUUCCUUGAAUCCUUUGGGAGGCUGAGCCUCAAGCACCAACGGCAGCAGCCCCAACCGCCACAACGCCCGCACCGCCCGCCUCGCCUGCCGCCCCCGCGGGGGACACCUCCGCGUCGCCACAGCUUUAGGAAACACCUCUACCUCCUGCGAGGCCUCCCGGGCUCGGGAAAAACCACACUGGCCAGGCAGUGUUCUAAGUACUUGGGAAUCAUCAUUGAACAAAACAAAGAUCCUGCUCUUGUGGACCUUGUAUUCCAGAGGCAAUUGCAACAUGAUUUUCCCAGAGCCCUGAUUUUUAGCACGGAUGAUUUUUUCUUCAGGGAAGAUGGUGCCUAUGAGUUCAAUCCUGACUUUCUGGAAGAAGCUCAUGAAUGGAACCAGAAAAGAGCAAGAAAAGCAAUGAGGAAUGGCAUAUCCCCCAUUAUUAUUGAUAAUACCAACCUCCACGCCUGGGAAAUGAAGCCCUAUGCAGUCAUGGCACUUGAAAAUAACUAUGAAGUUAUAUUCCGAGAACCUGACACUCGCUGGAAAUUCAACGUUCAAGAGUUAGCAAGAAGAAACAUUCAUGGAGUCCCAAGAGAAAAAAUACACCGAAUGAAAGAACGGUAUGAACACGAUGUUACCUUUCACAGUGUGCUACAUGCAGAAAAGCCAAGCAGAAUGAACAGAAACCAGGACAGGAAUAACGCAUCGCCUUCCAACGGUGCAGGAUACUGGAACACCUACGCAGAGUUUCCAAGCCGGAGGGGGCAUGGCGGCUUCACAAAUGAGAGCUCCUUUCACAGAAGGGGUGGCUAUCACCAUGGAUAUUAGAGGCCUAUCUUAUAGCCAUCCAAAAUUUUCUUGAAUCAGUUUUUACUUUUGGUAAAAAGUAAAAUUUUUGGUAUUUAUUCUUUGUUCAAUUUUAGUAAGAGCUCUAAUUCCAGUGCAGAUAGUUGAAUGCAAAUGUUUCUAAGCAGAAGUCCUUAUAUUCAUUAUCUCAACAAGCAUUUCUUAAAGUGCUCCUAUAUACAUGGUCUGAGGCUGGAAAUUCUGCACCUGAUUCUGAUUAAACGAAGUCUCUUUCUCUAGGGCAAGAAUUUGAAACUGAAACCUGAGAACAUACCCAACAUACUAAUUGGUUAUGAAAUUAGUCACAUAGCUCCAUAAAUCAAAGAAAGUGUUUAUAUUAUAUAUGUUUCAGUAUCACUUUCUCUGAAAUAAUCUGUUUGUUUUUUCAGGAAAUUCAUCUCCAUCAGGAAAGUUGGAAAGGUGGGAGAGGAGAAGCGGGAGGCAGGAAAAGUUUUAGUGCUACUGCUACUUUGAUAAUUUAUGUACCCUAAAAUGUGAGAUGUAUGACUCUAAUGAUACUGAUUUUCCUUUAAAACUAAUAUGCUAGAAAUCAUACAUCUAAGGGAGUAUUGGCCUUCAGAGUGGACAUUUUGGUAAGUUAUUUCUUUCUUUUAAUGAUGUGUCAUUGUUAAAAAUGCCUGUCAAAUCCUUAAUAGCUAUAUAGCUACUGAGGAAAAUCAGUGUCAUUAUUUAAAGUCACACCUUGUAUUUUAUUUAUUUUGCUUUAUUCAACAGAAUUAAACCUGAAUUACUUUGGGCUGCUGCUAAUAGUGUACGUGAAAUAAGCCUGCCUUCAGGAAAUGCCAGGAUUUAAAAGGAAUAACUAGACGAUUCAAAAAAAAUUAUGCCUGUAAACAUCUGCAUAAUUAGCUGGCAGCC